GACAUUAUGCCCAAUUCUACCUUUCAGGGCAAGAUUUGCCACCUAAAGAGGCACGGUUAGUUCCGGUUGUGCAACCAAUGGAAUACCUAUAAAGUUACAUGGCACUCCUGCAUUAUGACAUACAUAUAUACCACACACUCUGAUAUCUCCUAAAAGUCCUUGAUACUGUAUUGUGAUAUCAUACUCGGAGCAGAUCUCAGCAUACUUAUCAAUUCUUAUAUCUCGAAUCAAUUCGUCGCCUAAUUAAUCCAACGUUGCUUGUUAUCAAGUACUUUUCAUCUAGAAGCGUCUCUUUCGCAUCUGUUCAAUUAUUCUCGUGGGAUUAAAAUACUCAAGUAAAUAAAGAAAACAAGGCUUCAUCAAAAUCAUUAAAUACACCAUGGCGAAAUCAUCAAUCUCAUCCUCAUAUUCAUCUACACCGUCAUCAUCUUCCUCGUCAGCAUAUAAAGUAGGACCUUCAAAACCAUCCUCGUCAACCUCAUCUUCAAGCGCCCACCCUCCCUCCUACAAAAUUCUCUCCACCCUAAUCUUCCCAAACACCCCUCAAAAACAUCACACAGUUGGCCGGGGCACACCUGGCAACGGCAUCACUCCCUGGAUGAACAGUGGUGAUCUACGAAUUCUAGGGGGACGAAGAGGAAAAUUGGAUCAAGUGGAUCCGGAGAGUUUGACAAGUUUUUGUUGAUCUUGCAGCAAGUGAAUUAUUCAUCGCGAUGCGGAAAGAAGAUCGUGGGAGAUGAGUAGGUGGACCAUGGGAAGGAGCACAAAGUUAAAAAAAGGGAAAGUUACGAUUGUAUGAAUUUUACGAGCAACGACCUGGAGUUAUGCAAAUGGGAAGGAAAGGAAAGGAAAAGAAAAGAAAAGAAAGAUGGAAAAGUGUUUAUUUUUUUUGGUGCAUCACAUUAUUUGGAAGGGCGUUCUAUGACCUAGCUUGAAGCUUCGCAUUAUCAGGUUUAGGUUUGUGGGUUACUUUAGGAUAGAGAGUAUGUUCCAUAGCAUAUUCUCACGAUCGGAUUUGGUUCGAGGUUUUGGAUGGAUGGGUUAGCGAGGAGUUUGGAAAUUAGGAUGUAUUUCUAUGCUUCAAACGAUUAAUGAUAAAGAUACCCCGAGACUAUUCGAAUUCAUUAAACAAUUUCUAUAUGUGAAAGAGACGCUUU